ACAUCCUUGUUUUCCCAGAGAAGAUCGAAAGCUUGACGCCACGGUAUAAAUGAUAAAAGCUAAGGUCUGUAUCGUCAGUCAGCUCAAGUACACCAUUGCAACCGAGUCUGAGGCGCCACCUUUGGAAACUUGGAAAUUGGAACCGAAUAGAACGUUCUGUUGCUUCACGAGAAAUAAUGGCUUUUCGUGUUGGAUCCUGUUUGCUUGUGUUGUUCCUAGUUUCCGCCAUGAUGCAAAUCUCAGUGGUUGAGGGUACUUGCUAUGAAACUUGGAGCAGAUGUUCCCGGUGGAGUAGGUGGGGGACUGGAAGAUUGUGGAAGAGCUGCAAUGACCGGUGCAAAGAGCUGGGUUACACUGGGGGUAGUUGUCAGAGGUGUCCAAGCACCUGCUGGAUGAGCGACAAGGCUUGGCAGUGCAGGUGUUAUGGAAUGGGAUUCUGCUGAUUGAGGCCAGCUAACAUGGCCGGGAUCUUGCAAACAGGAGACUCGCAUUAUUUUGAAGCUUAACUCUGAUUACAGAUAAAAAAAAAGACUUAAUCCACUUUUUUACAUUGGUGUAGAAAUUAGAUUCCGUGUUAACUGGUAAUUGUGCAAGGAAUUCCAGCCGGCUUUGCUUCUAUGGCUGUGGUAAUCGAGUUAUAUAAAAUGUAGCGAUUCAGUAAUAAAUGAAAACUUGUCCAAAGGAAA